CACGUGACGGGUAAUGCACGUGACGCGUAAUGCACGUGACAGGAAAGACAGAUUGGCUUCUGGAAAACUCGUGCUUUGCAGGAGCUCGGGUUGGCCUUGACGGAAAGAACCAUGAACUGGCAUUUCCCCUUCCUCCUCGUGGCCACAGUGACUUUGCCCUCUGUGUGCUUGCAGUUCAAUCCUCAGCCCCUGGAGGAACUGGGCUCCGACAUAGGAAUCCAAGUUUUCAAUCAGAUCGUCAAAUCGCGGCCUCGUGACAACAUCGUCAUUUCCCCCCAUGGGAUCGCGUCCGCCCUGGGCAUGCUGCAGCUGGGAGCUGGUGGCAGAACGAAGCUGCAGCUCGCCACGAUGAUGAAGUAUAACGUGAACGGACUCGGUAAAAUUUUAAAGAAGAUCAACAAGGCCAUCGUCUCCAAGAAGAAUAAAGAUAUUGUGACCAUGGCUAAUGCAAUGUUUUUGAACAACGGCUCUAAAGUCGAAGUGCCUUUUGUCGCGAGGAACAAAGAUGUGUUUCAGUGCAAAGUCCGGAAUCUGAACUUUGAGUAUCCGGCCGCCGCCUGUGACUCCAUCAACGCGUGGGUUAAAAACGAAACCAGAGGGAUGAUCGACAACCUGCUGUCCCCAGAUCUUAUCAACGGCAUGCUCACCAGAAUGGUCCUGGUCAAUGCCCUGUAUUUUAAGGGUUUGUGGAAAUCACGGUUUCGACCUGAGAACACCAAGAAACGUACCUUUGUGGCAGCUGAUGGAAAGUCCUAUCAAGUGCCGAUGCUAGCCCAGCUGUCCCUGUUCCAGAGCGGGUCGACAAGCACCCCCGGUGGCUUAUGGUACAACUUCAUUGAACUCCCCUACCAUGGGGACAGCAUCAGCAUGCUGAUUGCACUGCCAAGCGAGAGCUCCACGCCACUCGCGGCCAUCAUCCCGCACAUCAGCACCAAGACCAUAGACAGCUGGAAGAGCAUGAUGGUGCCCAAGAGGGUGCAGGUCAUCCUGCCCAAGUUCACAGCUGUAACACAAACAGAUCUGAAGGAGCCGCUGAAAGCUCUUGGCAUCACCGAUAUGUUUGACGCGACAAAGGCAAAUUUUGCAAAAAUCACAAGGUCAGAAAACCUUCAUGUUUCUCACAUCUUGCAAAAAGCAAAAAUUGAAGUCAGCGAAGAUGGAACCAAAGCUUCCGCAGUAACAGCUGCGAUUCUCAUAGCGAGGUCGUCGCCUCCCUGGUUUAUAGUGGACAGACCGUUUCUGUUUUUCAUCCGACAUAAUCCUACAGGUGCCUUCUUAUUCAUGGGGCAGAUAAACAAACCCUGAAGAGUACAGAGAAGAAUCCACGCAAAGCCAAGACACCUUGGCUCUGAAGGAAAGACUCCUUGCCUACAUCUUUCAUAGUUCUGUUAAAUAUUUUUGCACAUUACUUCCUUUUUCAAAAUUAGUUCUUAGGAACAGAGACUCAACGAUACAAGCGUUUCUAUUCUGAUAUGUGUUCAAGGAGAAAGAGAAGGGGCAGGACGUCUGGAACAUUGGACUGAGUAAUAAGCAGAAAGGCUUCCAAAUGUCUCAAAGAUUCUUUAAACUACUGAGUAUUUACUGUCCAGUUCAGGAUUUUUGUUUUGUUUUGUUUAUUUGUGUGGCUUUUCAGAAGAAAUUUAAUCAGUGUGAUGGGGGUGGGGGGA